AUGCCACUAACAGGGCCAGAGAAGUCAGUAACCCCGAAGAGCCCACUUCCUCCAACAUCCCAGAUUCCAGGUCUUGGUGACCUUGCAAAUGCUCCACAUGAAAUGCCGUCCAGGUGCCGCAGGAGGCGGAUCAAAGAGAUGGAUUCAGCUUAUGUCAGGCUGGCAAAGCAAGGAGGCCAACCUGACCUACUGAAGCACUACACUGCUGUGACAAGUAAGUCCUCUCCAGCAGCAUAUGCUGCACCUGACUGGUACUUGCACUGCUCCAAUUCUCCAGCGACCAAUAAGCCACGGAACUAUGUUUCCUCUCUACCAGAUUAUAUAAUUCAUAGAGAGUUUAAGGCUGAUGAACAUUGUGGUAAUCAUUAUGAGAUAAGAAGAGGCCCUUUUGAUUUUGAUACGAAAACUGUUUGGCAGCGGGAUGCUGAGAACAAAGAAAAGGCAGAGAAAAAGAAGGUAAAGCUCCCAGCUAUAAAGCCUAAAUAUCCAAGCAGAGUGCCAGAUGUUUCUAUGAGCAAGGAAUUUAGUGGGAAAAAUAAACUUUCCUUCCCACCCAUAUCUGCUCAGAGAAAAAAUGAAGCAGUAAACUUUAGCAAAUUAAUUAGCAAUGGUUAUGGGACUGACUGGCUUCAGCAGUAUACCGGAAGGAACAGAAACAUUAAAGAAACAUCAGAAAAUAGUUAUCAGUCCAAAGAUGCAGAGCCAUCAGAGUCUGAAUCAGCACCUACAAGCAAUGAGUCAAAGUCACUGCUGAGUUAG